AUGAGACAGACAGCCGCCGCGUGUUUGGCCGCCGUGGCCGUGGCCGCGUUCGCCGUGGACGCGGCCGGCCUGGACCUGGUGCUGCUGCACGCCAACGACAUGCACAGCCGGUUCGACGAGACGGACCUGUACUGCAACGAGUGCCGCGAAGACGACGCUUCGCUGGGCCACUGUUACGGCGGAUUCGCCCGGGUCGCCCAGUUCGUGCGUGACGAACGGCGAUUGGCCAACGAGAGCGGCCUGCCGUCGCUGUUCCUGGUGGCCGGCGACACGUUCCAGGGCACGCCGUACUUCUCGUUCUUCGAGUGGAGGCCCGUCGUCGACUUCAUCAAUCAGCUGCAACCCGACGUCAUGACUUUGGGGAAUCAUGAGUUCGACCACGGUAUCAGCACUCUUUUGUCAUACUUAAACGGAAUUCAAGAUAUACCCACAGUAGUAUCCAACUUGAAUAUGACUGCAGAACCAGAAUUAAAUAAUUUUGUAUUGUCGUCAUUAGUAUUCACCAUAAACAAUACAAAAGUGGGCAUCGUUGGAUGCUUGACAACAGAUACUCCGACCAUAUCAAAUUCCGGAGCAGUUGAAUUUUUUGAUGAAGUAGAGUCUUUGAAGAAAGAAACGAAAAAGUUACUCAAAAACGGUGUUAAUAUAAUUAUUUGCCUUAGCCACAGUGGAAUUGAAAAAGAUAAAGUAAUUGCCAGGGAAGUAGAAGACAUCGAUAUAAUUGUUGGAGGACAUUCACAUACAUUUUUGUAUUCGGACACUCCACCAAGCAUUGAAGAACCAUAUGGACCAUAUCCACUGUACGUGACAAACGUUAAAAAUAAGGCCGUACCAAUAUUACAGGCAUAUGCAAAUACCAAAUACGCGGGAAAAGUUGUAUUAAAAUUUGAUUCUAAUGGUGACAUAGUUAAUAUCGAUGGCUCGCCAACAUUAUUGAAUCAUGAAAUAAAACAAGAUCCAACAAUGUUGACUGUGGUCGAUCAAUGGAAACCACAGGUAACUAGGAUUACAAAUAUUACCAUUGGGCGUACGGCCGUAGAGUUAAUAAACAAGUGUCGUGGAGAGGAAUGUAACAUAGGAAACCUGAUAGCGGAUUCGUUUGUAUACUACAACGUUAUGAAAAAAGAAGUUUACAAUGAGUACUGGACUGAUGCUCCUAUUGGGAUGGUUCAAGCUGGUGGUAUUAGGACUACAAUCAACGAAACUGAUCAUGAUGGUUACAUCACUUUGGGGCAGUUGAUCAAUGUCACGCCGUUUGCUAAUAAUCUUGUCAAGAUUACAAUCUCUGGUUCUACGCUUUUAGAAUCAUUUGAACACAGCGUUUCUGACUAUGUAUUGAACCAUGGUACAUCUAAAUUUUUACAAGUAUCUGGUGUUCUGGUCGAAUAUGAUUUAACUCAGAGUCCCGGAAAUCGAGUCACUUCACUGUUUCUUCGAUGUGGUCACUGUAGCGUUCCCAAAUUCGAACCUUUAGUGUUGACUGCAAACUAUACAAUAGUGAUGUCCGAUUAUUUGGCAAAUGGUGGUAAUAAUUAUCAGGCAUUUCAAAAAAGAAUAAAUAACGAAUUACUAGGUAUUGAAGAUUAUAACGCAACAUCGAUGUAUAUGCAAUCAAUAAGUCCCAUAACGAGUGGAAUAGAUGGCAGAAUCCACUUUAAACGCGAUGUCAAUAACGAAAAGUCAGCAGGAUUUAAUAUAAAUACAUGGAAUUAUCGAAUCUUAGUGACUACUUUCAUAUUACUACAGUAUUAUAUUUUAAACUUAAAAUAA